AUGAACGCAAGCGAGCUUUUUCUAAGUGACCGGGGAGGUUUGCUGUGCAGGCGGAACAGUAAACUCGAGUCCUUUCUCAAGAGGAGCACCGAGCGCCGCUUCUACGAGCGGAUCCGCGCCUACGAGCCGUGCAUCGUCAUUUUGCCGAAAAUCAACAAGGUGUUUAUGUAUGCGGUGCUGAACGACGAGUCGGUCUACCUGGCCGAAUUUCCGCCUCGCACGCUCCAGCUUGCGGUCUGUUUCAGGCACGUCAUUGACAUCAGUUUGGUCAACGAUCUACCGGAUUUUCUCACUGGCCGCGAGCGAGAACACUCGCAGCAUAUCCGUGUCGUCUACACCUCUGCAAAGCAUCCUGGGAAAGGAGAUGCAGGGCACCGAGGAGAAAUCGGCAAGACGGGGGUCAGUAGCGUCCUGCCCUCUAUGUGCUCUGCUCCUCCGGGAACCGCCAUCUGGAAGCACGCGCCCUUGUCCACCAGGGUGGAGGAAGAGGAGCAGAUGCUUAGGCCCAGGCCCUCGCCGCCACUGGGUCACGGUUCCUCGCCGCCCAGCAUCCCGGACUCCGCUGAGACGCGGACUCACUGGAGCAGGGGCAGCCCAGACAGAAGGGCCUUGAUCCUGGCCAAGCUGACCGAGCGGACGAUGGUGCGGGCGGUUGUGGAGAAGGAGGACUCGGCGAGGUCAGAGCUGCACCUCUAUGCAGUGUCUCCAUCCUCUCGGAUAUACCUGCACCUCCAGAGCGCCUGGAACAGCUAUGUCAUCAGAUCCACUCUCCUGUUGGAGCCUCAGUUCAGAAAGAGAUGCUGUGCUUCCUCGACCCUUCAGAACCGACGUCAGACCAGUUGGGAACGUACCACCCAUCUCUUUGGCCAGCUGAGCAGGGAGCUUCUACAGCAGGACCUCACCAUGGAGAUGCUGUACCUGCUGCUGCAGGAGCUCCACACGGCCGCGCACCGCAACACCGCCGUCCGCCGCCUCUUUUGGAGGUCAGAAGACCUUUGCUCAUUCCUAGUGAGGACGCUGGAGGACACACUUCAGAGCUGCUGGAAGAUUGUAGGAGGUAGCAGAAAGAUUCCCACAGAGGACAGGCUACUACUGUCUGCACUGCUGGCCCAGACCUUGGGUUUGAUGUUCCGGGAGACGGAAAUCGAACCAACACGUCUCAACUUGCUGACUUCUAAAAGGGGUGCACUUACUGAAAGGCUGCUACUGGCGCUGGUCUGUGACCCAGGAAUGAAUCUCCAGGGACCGGCUGCAGACCCAGGGUGGAACUCUCAGCAGGCCAAGCUGAAGUCCCUGCUGGCUGAGUAUCUGGAUGCAGCGUCUGCACUGCUGUUUGAGGUGCUGUUGGUGGCCCAGCAGGCUAGCCAUACCUCAGAUUAUGAGUGCUUCUUAACUGUGGGUUGGGUACUGAAGACUCUACAGUCUCACCAGUCUGUGAUACCUUUUAUUAGUUACGUGGCACAGCAGUUGGUUCUGGUACUUGGCCGGCCCGUUCUGAGCCCAGCCCAGGCUGUGUUGCUGUACCAGCGGUGCCGGGUACUCCUUGCCUGUCUGCAGUACAGUGCUGAACUGGGAUGCCACAUCAGGACCCAGUACUGGGAGGAAUUCAGGUCAGAGUGAAGCCGGGUCACUGGCACACAUUCUGCAUGAAAUUCCUGUUAUUUACUGUAGGAUGCUUAUUAUUUGCAAUUUCUUUAUUUGUGAAGUGUGAUUGAUUUCUUUGUGAAACCUCAGGUUCUUUCAGAGUCGAGUGAUCAGGCAGGUUCCUUAAGCUUAAGCAGUUUAUUAAGACAGAAUGAAGAUGUUACAGAAAGAUGUUUCACACGGCCGGUUCAGUGUCUGUCUUUCUCUGCCCCCCCCCCCCCCCUGAGGGAAGCGGGCCUUUUUCUAUGGUCUUCUUACAGACUCCUGGAGCCAGGGGGGGUCAGACGGCCUUGGUAAGAGUGAGUCGUAUGAGAGGCAAAGACCAUGAUGAGGAAGCAAGUAACAAGGACAGAAAGAAACAUAAAAUUCUUGAAUAUAAAAGCUAUAAAUGAGUGAACUAAAGGAAAAUAAUUAACUACAAAUUAACUAGGGAAAUCCCAGCCCCCUCCCCUAUGAGUCUAUGGAAAACAAAACACAUUAAAUCAUCAUAAAUACAGUACAAUAAGUAAAUGUCUGAUCAGGAUAUAUCUGUAAAAAAAAAAACUCAGCACAAAGCCUUGGAUGUAAACUAGGUUCUAAAAACCAGGUGAGGUGUCUUGCAAAAGGUAGCAAAAAAAAACAAAUCAUAAUAUCAGUCAAAAUUAAUCAAUCAUCAUCGUCAGAUUUGGCAACCAUGUUUACAUGAACAGAUUUGUAUAGUCUACCAGAAAAGCAAAGUAAAAGCUUGACAAUCCACAAUACGUGUGUGUGCUUGUCUUUCAACAUUCAGGUGCUUGAGAUCAUGAAUUCUUCUUCAAUGGGCCCUUACUGAAAUUACCAUUAUCGUAGGAAAACUGGCAAAAUAAAUUGUGGAUUUGUAAUACAUAUGUAUUAAGGAGAGUGACAUUAUGCCCUGUGCCUUGUUUAUCCUUGUGUGUUACAAGCUUGCCUGAUCAGAUUUGUCAUCCACACAUCACACAGCGCCGAUGCACAAACCCAGUCUAUGGUCUCUGUUACAGGUACUACGUGAAGGUGUCCCAGCUGGAGGAUAAGCUGCCGUCUCAUUACCGCAUCAGCCAGCCCACAAACAAGCUGCUCUCCCAGCUCCUGCAUCUGGUCCUGCAGUAGCCCUGUGCUGCACACACACACACACACACACACACAUACAUGUAGGGUAAAUAUAUCCUUAUGGGGACCGCUCAUUCAUUUCAAUGGGAAAAAUGCUAACGCUAAC